CACAGACCGACUUUUUUCUCUGAUUAUUCCAUCUCAGAGUCACAGCCCAUCUCCUUGCAACAAAACAAGCAACCAUGAUCAGCUCCAGGAAGCUAGCUCAGCUUUCCAAGAAGUGGCAGGGCAUUGGCGCCAUCGGGCGGAGAAGGUUCGCAACAUCAGACAAGGAUAUCCACCCAUCAUGCAGCUCAGUUGCAGGCAAGGGCCACUUCGUUGUCUACUCUUCCGACGGGAGGCGGUUCGAGAUCCCCCUGGUGUGCCUCCGCACAACGGUCUUCGAGGAGCUCCUGAGGAUGUCUCAGGAGGAGUUUGGGUUCACAAGCGAUGGCAGGAUCACUCUGCCUUGUGAUACAACAAUGAUGGAGUAUGUGAUGUGUUUGCUCAGGAGAGAGGCCUCCCAAGAUGUUGAGAGGGCACUCCUCAGUUCCAUAGUGACGACUUGCCACCGCCCAAGCAGAGUGAUGCAACCAAACAGCGGACUUAACCAGCAAUUCUCUGUGCACAGCUCCUGAAAAACGAAGAUCUGGCAGCUUCUUUCUUUUUUCACCUUCCAUCUUUUUUUCCCGGACGUACUUUUGGAGCACACUUCUGUGCGGCUUUUUUCCAAUUGUCCCGUGGAUGUACAGAUGGAUGCAUGUAAGAAUAAUCACAUUGUGAUUUCGAAUACAAGGAUCAAGCUUACCACAUUGAAACAAUA